AUGGCUUCUAGAUUGUUGUUCGAUGUUAAUUAUGGCAGACGACAGAGGAAACAGAGAGUUUUUAGACAUUUUCAUCAUGAUUUUGAUGCAUCUGAGUAUAAACAAAGGUACAGGUUUUCACGCGAAUCAGUCCAGUACAUAACAGACUUGAUUGAACCAGAGUUAUGUCGCCCAACCAUAAGGUCAUACUCCCUUUCAGCCCUCAGUCAGGUAGAAAUGGCUCUGCGUUAUUAUGCUACAGGGGAUAAUAUGGAAACCAUAGGAGAUACACUUGGUUUUCAUAAAUCAAGUGUAUCCAGAAGUGUUCGAGAUGUAUCACAGGCACUAGUGAACAUAUCAUCACAGUUUAUUAAGUGGCCAUCCCCAAAUGAGAAGGUGAUAAUUAAGAAAGGUUUUUAUUCAAUUGCUGGAUUUCCUGCUGUAGUUGGUGCUGUGGACGGCACACAUGUGAGAAUUAUUGCUCCAUCUGACCAUGAACCUGCUUAUGUCAACCGUAAGGGGUAUCACUCGAUCAACACCCAGGCUAUAUGCAAUCAUGAAGGCAAAUUCACUAACAUUGUUGCCAAAUGGCCUGGCUCCAAUCACGAUUCAUUCAUAUUCCGAGAAUCUAAUAUCGGGGCCUACCUUGAAGCACAUCACAGGGGCUUGGAUAUUGACGGUGUUUUACUUGGAGACAGUGGCUAUGCUUGUAGCAGAUAUCUUGUGACUCCUUUUCUACGUCCAACAUCAGAGACUCAGAUGCGAUAUAAUAAUUCCCAUGCACAAACUAGAACAGUUAUUGAGCGAAGUUUUAGAUGGCUUAAAAGGCGCUUCUUGGCUUUGCAUGGAGAAAUGAAGUGUAAACCAGAACGUGCAGCAAAAAUAAUUGUGGCGUGCGCUGUUUUACACAAUAUUGCUCAGGACAGGAGAGAGACAAUCAAUGAUGCUGGCUGUGAUGACACUCAGGACCAAAGAGAUGAGGCUGAUGUCAUAGAUGAAGUAGCUGCCCAGCCCAUGAAUAACAACAUCAGACAAUUCAUUGUCAAUAACUACUUUUAA